AUGCGCCUGGCGCGCCACUCGCUGGGGCUGCAGACGCUGGGGCUCACGGCCCGCCGCUGCACCCGCGAGUUCGGGCUGCUGCUGCUCUUCCUCUGCGUGGCCAUCGCCCUCUUCGCGCCCCUGCUGUACGUCAUCGAGAACGAGAUGGCCAACAGCCCCGAGUUCACCAGCAUCCCCGCCUGCUACUGGUGGGCCGUCAUCACCAUGACCACGGUGGGCUACGGGGACAUGGUGCCCAGGAGCACGCCGGGCCAGGUGGUGGCGCUCAGCAGCAUCCUGAGCGGCAUCCUCCUCAUGGCCUUCCCGGUCACCUCCAUCUUCCACACCUUCUCCCGCUCCUACCUGGAGCUCAAGCAGGAGCAGGAGCGGGUCCUGUACCGCCGGGCCCAGUUCCUCAUCAAGACCAAGUCGCAGCUCAGCGGCCUGUCCCAGGACAGCGACCUCCUGUUCGGA